AUAUAAAUAGAAUUUAAAUGGACGUAAUAUAGCUUUUUAAGCGAAAAAAAUAACCUAUGUAAACAGUACGAUAGUAUUAGUUGUAAUUUUACGACUUAACUAUCUUUUUUAUUAAAUUGAAAGAUUUGAAUUGUGAGCAGAGUUAAUUAUUUUAAUCCUAUUACAUUAGAAAAUCAUCGGCUGUUGGUAAAUUACAAUAGCCGUGUUAAAUUCCUUAAUGUCAACAAACUUGUCAUUCAAAAUCUUGAUAACGAAAGUUUAUAGUAAAAACAUCGAGAAAAAACACAUUAAUUGAUUUCAAAGCUAUGAUAGUUAUCUUUGAAUAUAAAUAAUUUAUUGUGUGAAUAGUUUAUUAAAUUUAAAUAAUAGAGUUCAUUGAAAUGUACAUCAUAUAAUGAUUAAAAGAAUCGUAAAAUGGAAAAAUAAUUCGUUGAUAUAUGAUUUGUUUUUGUGUUUAGAAGUUAUUAAAUAUUCUAUUUUUAUUAUCAAAGACGAAAAUCUAAAAGUAUUAAAAGUGAGGAUUUUGAGCGGGUAUUAUGAAAGUGAAAGUUCAUUCGUAUGUUGGGCAAGCAAAAAGACUUAGGAAUUGAAUUAUUGCAGCUGAGACAUGAAUGCUAGAAGAUGGCGUCAAAGUUCCCUACUUUGCUUCAUCAAUCUCUGUUGUAAAAUACUAGUAAUAGCUCAAAUAGGCGCUAGAUCAGGCAAAACUGGAAACGUGAAACAUGUAUCUUCAUGUGAAGCAGACACAACUGUAGGACAAUAUGGAACAUUUCACCUGCAGUUUUGCCCAAUAGACAUUAAUAAAGCAGAGCGCCUUGAUAAAUUUCGAUACUUCCAAAAAUUAAACGAAAGAAUGUCUUCAAAUACGCUGUCGUUUAUAGACGCGCUGGUUCACAUUGAAAGUGGUAUUGGUAAAACGCAAAAAGAAGGUUUGAAAAAUAUUUACUAUGCUGGGAGUGCCAGGGAAGGAGCAAUGUUGUCUCGGUUAUUUGGUCCAAGUGAAUAUGAAAACCAGAGAAUUAACAAAGAGAUAGAGGCAGAUAUAGAAUACAAUCUACUUGAAAUUCCCCUUUCACAUAAGCAGAAUAUUGAGGAUAUUCACGGGAAAAAAGGGUACGUGAGAAUCAAGUGCACAGAAGAUGAACUAAAGAUUUUUCUAGCUCCCACAAACUGGAAAGUGGAUUUCUCGAAGCAUGCAGACAUUUUGGAGGGCCUGCUUGUCAAUGGGUAUGUCAAAACACACUGGAUAAAAGAAGUUGCUAAAGCCAAAGUCAAAGUAAGAAAUGAUAAUCAUGUUAUUGAACUGAUAUUGGCUUUUAUUUUAAACGUCGAAUUAGAUCGAGUUUCUCUUUCCCCUCCAAAAGAUAAAGUAACCAAGUCGUCGGUUGAAACACAAAUAAGCUUAUAUGUUGAUGAAAUUUUCAAGUUAGCCUUGUCUUGGGAUGCUGUUCUUGUUAUUCAAUUAAGUUGGUGGCCAGAAGUUGCUAAAGAAUGGGUAACAAGAAAAAGAAAAUGGCCAGGUGUUGAAAUUGUCGAGAAUUUAACACGUGUUGGAUACAUUAUUACAAAACCUUCAGCUGAGAACAAACUUGAUGUCCAAACUACAGAGCUGAGAUAUUCUUUUGCUAAUGUAGAAAGAGAAUUGAUAAACAUGAGAUCGGUUCAGCAGAAUUUUAUUUAUGUUCUAUUUAAGUCAAUGAUAUACCAACACCUGAAACCACUUCAUAAAGAAAAUAUACAUUCUUUCAUCGGGAAAACUGUUAUGUUCUGGACAUGCGAAGAACAUGGCAUAAAUGAUCCUCUUUGGGAAAGUGAUGACAAAUCAACGAUUCACGCACUUUCUCAUCUCUUUAAAAAACUUUUAAAAUACAUUGAAGAAGAUGAUCAUCUACCUUACUAUUUCAUUCCAAGUAUAAAUGUGAUCGAAAAGAUGACGGAUAGUUUAAAACGAAACGUUGUGUCCAAAAUAAAAUUGAUAUUAUCAGAUGUACUCUUGUAUGUUCCUGAUAACAUUGAGGAAGUAAUCGAAGCGAGUGAAGAGAUGGUGAAGAUAAUGGAGUCAGCUGGUGAAAUUAUGACAGCUAUUAGGCAAAACAACUUCGCAAUAUUUUUAAGACGACCAGAUUUGAUUAAAAAGGCAUUGGAAAUUUACGGGGAAAAAAUAAUGGCGAUUAUGAAAGAAAGAUUGUAAAAAUUUAUCGGUUUUAAAAAAAACAUUACAAACAAUUUAACUGUUUUCUAUAUACUUUAGGGCGACAGGAAGACAUUCGUGGAAAAAUUGGACAUUUUUAUUGAUUAUUUAUCUAAUAAUGAAUUUUUUAAUUAUGAAAUAUUGUCAAUACACGUAUUUUUUAACCAAUCGCUUUACAAGCAAAAGGUCUUCCAAAUUUCCAAGCAAACGAAAUUUGGUAUUUAUAACAAGUUUAAGACCAGUAGGAGUAUACAUUUGAUAAAACCUUUUAAAUUUCUUACGAUUCUUAUCAUAAUACUAUUCAAUGUCCCGUGGA